GGUCAAUAAUAGCCAAUCGCAUGAUGACAGGAGUUUAAAGGAGUGUGUGUUUCGAGGUCUGUUUUCUGAGCAGGUCAUGAUGGAUCGAGCAGCUCUCAGACUGAUUCUCUUGGGCAUCUUUCUCAUCUCAGCCAGUUCACAACCUGUUAAGAAGAAACAAGAUGUGGAUAUAUACAGCUUCUACAUUAACUCCACGGUCACCAGUCGCUACGCCACAACGGUCAUCACAAGCCGUGUGGCGAACACACUGAAUGAAUCUCAAGAGAUCCAGUUUGAGGUCAAGAUACCCAAAACUGCCUUCAUCAGCAAAUUCAGAAUGACCAUAGAGGGGAAGACAUAUGAUGGUGUUGUGAAGGAAAAACAGGAAGCUCAGCAGCAGUACAGUGAAGCAGUAUCUCGAGGACAAAGUGCUGGACUGAUCAAAUCUGUUGGAAGGACUUUAGAAGACUUUAAAACUUCAGUGACGGUGGCUGCUUUUAGUAAAGUGACCUUUGAGUUGACCUACGAAGAACUGCUAAAGCGCCGCCUCUGCAAAUAUGAGUUACUCAUCAAUGCCCAACCGAUGCAGCCGGUGGCAGAUUUCAAGAUGGAUGUACACAUCCAAGAGAAACCAGAAAUUUCCUUCUUGGAGGUGAAAGGAGAUUUGAGCACCGGUGAUCUGGCCAAUGCCAUCAAAACCACCAGAGCAGACAAAGACGCAUGGGUGACCUUCUACCCCACUCGAGAUCAACAGACCAAGUGUCAAAGCUGUGGAGAAAAUGGGCUGAAUGGUGACCUGCUUAUAACAUACGAUGUUGAGAGAUUAAAUCCUAAAGGAGAAGUCACGGUAUCAAAUGGCUAUUUUGUCCACUACUUUGCACCCUCUGAUGUUCCACGUAUUCCCAAAAAUGUGGUGUUUAUCAUUGACCGGAGCGGUUCUAUGCACGGCAGAAAAAUAGAUCAGACUUGUUUGGCACUGCUAAGGAUUUUAAGUGAUCUUGAUGAGGAUGACCACUUUGGAUUGAUCACCUUUGAUUAUUCAGUUGACACGUGGAAGCGUGAACUCCUGAAAGCUACAAAGCAAAAUCUGGAGAAUGCAAAAUCAUUUGUGAAGGAGAUCAGAGAAGGAGGAGCCACAGACAUAAACGCUGCAGUUCUAGCAGGAGUGGACAUGAUCAAUCAACAUCCACGAGAGGGAACCGCCUCCAUCCUGAUCCUGCUGACUGAUGGAGAUCCCACUUCAGGUGAAACUAACAUAGAGAGGAUAAUGGCCAAUGUGAAAAAGGCCAUUGGGCUGAAGUUUCCCCUGUAUUGUCUUGGUUUUGGACAUGAUGUUAACUUUGACUUCCUGACAAAGAUGUCACUGGAAAAUGGUGGAGUCGCUCGCAGGAUUUAUGAAGAUUCGGACGCUGAUCUACAGCUGCAGGGCUUCUAUGAUGAAGUUGCCGUCCCUCUCCUCGCUGAUAUUCAACUUCAAUACACAGGAGGGACAAACCUUACCAAGACCAGCUUUACCCUGUACUUCAACGGCUCUGAGAUUGUGGUUUCAGGACAAAUCACAGACAACAGUGUGGAGAGUUUCAGCACUGAAGUCAUUGCAGUAUCAAAAGGCAGUAAUGUGACGUAUCAGGACACUGUAAUGAUAAAAGACCCCAGUGAUGUCCCACCUGAGAAUGAAGAUUUCAUGCAGAGACUGUGGGCCUACCUUACAGUGAAGCAACUUCUUGAAAGGCAGGUGCUUCUUAAAGGACAAGAGAAAGAGGAUGAAGAGAAAGAAGCUCUAAAACUCUCUCUUAAAUACCAGUUUGUCACCCCCCUCACCUCUAUGGUCGUCACUAAGCCACAGAAGGAUGAAGUGGAAGUUGCCGACAAACCCAAAGAGGGAAAAGAGGAUCCCAGACCUCCAGUAAUGAGUUUACGUCCUUCAUCUCCUGCAUCACCAGGAUCUAGUCAGUACAAUUUCGGUCACAGUCAGCCCAGUCUUGCUGCUCAUCCAGCUAUGCCAGGAAAAGUGUUGAACUCAUUUACCUUCCUUUCUGGUCCAAUAAUUCCACGGGAGAGUGAAACUGUUCUCUUUACUAUGUCAGUUCCAACAGUUCGUAGCAAUCGGUUCCUGCUGUCUGCUGCUGGUCAGUCUAAGCCUCUUUGUUUUGAUGUUCCUCUUCCUCACAAACUCAAACUGCUACAGGAUUCUUCUUCAGAGUUCUCUAUGAAUGGAGAAUCCAUGACUAGACGAAAGGGAUUCAGUCAAAUUGUCUUUCAUUACAAAACAAACCAUCGCCUGACAAUAAACACAAGGUCUAUCAGAUACCACGAUGGCCAGAAUGAUGUUGAGUUUUUGUGGGGCCAGGAACCCACUCAACACAGUACAGAGGGCGUGUCUCUGAUUCUACGGAGCAAUGAAAUGGACGUUACAAUGGGACACAUACGCGUUGUUGUUCUUCUUCACAAGAAAAAUGGUGACAUGUUUCUGUGGCCUGCUGUUCGGCAACAGCCAAAAGAUGUCAGUUUGAUGGGUAUUUUAGGAAAAGCUGAGGCUUCAUAUGAGGAGAUUCAAGGAUCUCAAACACCAACUCUAAAGAUAAUGGACCAGGAAGUGAAGGCGAGCUGGGAGGAUGUCACAGACUACACUCUUCCUUCAACUCCAGUUAUCAGAUGUUGGCUUGUCCCGUUCCAGGCUGUGAUGCAGGGAGACAUUUCUGAUUUCACUGUCACUCAGCUGUAGAGUUCAAAGUGGACAAAUUAAACACUGGGAUAGAGCAUGUUUCUCUGUAAAACACUUGCUGACAUUUGUUUUAAGUAUUAAAGUAUUUUAAGUAUA